AUGUGGUCUAAGGCACUGUGCCUCUUGCUAUUCACGCUCAUCGCCGCCGUGGUGGCUCAGAAUGAAGCAAUUCAUGAGGCUCGUGAUGCCAUGGCACAAUUAGUUGCUAAAUUAUCAUCCAAAGUAUCUCUCAUCACUGAUGAGAUAGCCAAGAAUAAAAAGAGACAAGACGAAGGCUCCGCGUCUGAUGCUCCCGAUGCCAUGUCACAAUUAGUGGCCGCAUUAUCAUCCAAGGCAGGUAUCACUGGAAACGUUCCAAUUGCAACUACCAUGCCGACAUGCAUCGGAGGAUUCGACCCGCCGGAUGCCACACUUGCCCGGCAAAUGCUCACUGCUAUUCCUGGCAGCAUCCUUGGUCAGCUUGGAAAUGCUGGCGCUCGUAGCUCGAUUGCCAGCGCAUUCAAGGCCGGCCAGACCCCAUCAUGGUACAAUGACUUGUCUCCCGAAAUCAAGAACUACGUCCUGAGCGUUCAAACGCACGCCACUACCGGAUGCACCCCUCGCCAAACCGACGACGGUACUGGAACCGGCGGUGCUGCGGGAGCAAACGCAAAAGUAGCAGGUGAUAAGGGUGGCACCAGCACUUCAGAAGCCCUGGCUUCUCGGCCGACAGCGGCCAUUGUUGGACUUUCUGGUGCUCUGGGUAUGCUGGGGCUGAUGCUUGCCCUAUGA